CGGUGCAGACCACCAAGCCCACCCCCAUGGCGCUGCUCGCCGCCGCCACCGCCACCGCCGCCGCGGCGCGCCGCCUCGCCCGCCACCAGCACAACCUCCUCCUCCACACCCGCCUUCUCACCACCACUUCCUCCACACACCCUCUCCCUCCCGACCCGGAUCCCACCACCCCCGCGCCGUCCCCCGUCCGCACUCCCCCGGACGAACAGUUCGCGGCGUGGGUCACGCGGCUGCGCCCGGGCUUCACCGCGUCCGAUCUCGCCGCGGCGAUCACCGCCGAGGAGGACCCGGACCUCGCGCUCGCGCUCUUCCGCUGGGCCGCGCUGCGACCGGGGUUCCGACACGCGCCCGAAUCCUACCUCGCCGCGCUCACCGCGGCCUCGUCCGGCCGCCGCCCCGCCGCAGCCGAGGCCCUCGUCCACGACGUCUUCGCGGGGGCCUGCGCGCCCGACCUCAGGCUCUUCAACGCCUGCCUCCGCUUCUGCUGCGCGCGCCGCAGCCUGUUCCCGCUCGCCUUCGACCUGUUCAACAAAAUGCGUGCCAUGCCCGCCGCCGCAGGAUGCCGCCCGGACGUCGAGACCUACACGCUCCUCCUCACCGCCGUCGUCCGCCGCGUGCGCCGCCCACCGGCGUCGAUGGUUUACCUCCAUGCCGUCCGGUCCCUCUCCCGCCAGAUGAAGGCCUCCGGCGUAGUUCCGGACACAUUCUUGCUCAACCUCAUCAUCAAGGCCUACGCACGGUGUGUGGAGAUAGACGAGGCCCUCAAGGUGUUUCGUGAAAUGCCGCUGUAUGGCUGUGAACCCAACGAGUUCACCUAUGGCUAUAUUGUCAAGGCCAUGUUUCAGAAGGGCAGGUCGGAUAAGGGGAUGGAGUAUUUUGCAGAGAUGAGGGACAAGGGAUUUGUGCCAUCUGGAGGCGUGUAUAUGAUCGCCGUGUCGGCAUUGGCAUUGGAAUGGCGGUUUGAGGAAUCAAGGCGGGUGCUGCUGGAUAUGUUGGAUUGUGGGAGGAAGCCAGAUAUGAUCACCUACAGGACACUGCUGGAGGAGCUGUGUCGGGCUGGACGAACAGAGGAGGCAUUUGAGGUGCUGGAGGAGCUGAAAGGGAGGAAACGAGGGCCAUUGGACCAGAGGAUGUACUCAGAAUUGCUCGAUGGGCUGCACUGGAUUUCCCAGCCUCAUCAAAACAGCCAACCUGUCCUUGACAAGGGUUGUGAUGAUUAAAAAUGUUCAACAUAUGGUCAUCCAAAAUCAAAUGCAUGGCUAGUUUUAGUUGAGAAGACUGGCUAGAUCUGCUUGAAGAUUCGCAAUGAAUUGAUGUACAAGAGUCACGCAACUCACACAAGUGCUACGCAAGCAUGAUUGAUGCACGGCCCAAGGUUCAGAGAAGACCUGGAGAAUACCUUAUGGGAGGUGUGGCAUUAAAAUUCUUGCAUUGUUGCCUUGUUGGCAUGCGUCCACCGAUGUGAUUAUACUACAAGUUGCAGUGACCACUGUCGGGAUAGCAGCUCACUUUCAAUGGCAACAUUUGAAGUAAAUCCUGGCGCAGCAUUCAUGAAAAUUAUUCUAGGUAUCAUAUGUGACAUAGGCUGCAUAAAAUUUCAGUGGUUUACACAUGUUAUAUUUAGCUCAUAAAGUGCACAAUUGGAAUGGCUCGUUUAUGUUCCUUGGCAUUAUGUUUCUCUAGUUUAUGUAUUGGUAUUCAAAAUAAAAA